AUGGCCGAGUCCGUGUUUAUCGACGUAGAGGAGAGCGACUGGCACCUAACUUCAUCCAAGAUGUACACCCUUAUGCUGGAGGCGUCCGUGAGAGGGCUGCAAAAGGCAAGGAUGAAACACAUAUUUAUCUUUGUCGCUGUGAUCUGCCUGCCGCACGUUUCUGGUGAAGACGCCUGUCCCUGUGUGACUGGUUACAACUGCCCCGAGAACUGUACCUUAGUGAACAUAGCCCCACAAGCAACGAGUAACUUUACAUCUGGGGACAAUAAUACCUUCUCCAUUACCGGUCAGGCAGCCUGGGUUACUGACGGUGUGACGUCAGGGUCGUGUGCAUCAGUCUCGUCCCUACAUCCGGCAUGGAAGGCUGAGUUUGGACUGACCAGGACAGUCAACGGGAUCAAGAUAUUCUGGGAAGGUACUGAAAAUGGCAUAUCGAAUUAA